AUGCAGAAGACGUCGUGGCUCGUGGCAUCCAUCGUCACGGACGUGAUCAUGAGCGGCCUGCUUGUGGGGAUCAUCACCAUCGCCGCCCGUGCCGGCAUCCCGUCCAACUGCGGUGGACUGACAAAGAACCCUCCGCUCGACGUCAAGGAGCCACCCAAGGAGCCUUACACAACGCAUGGCUUCAGCAACCAGUCUGACGGCAAGAAGGGCAAGCUCGAUAAUCUCUGUGCUCUCGAGCGCGGGUACUACUUCAUCGCCGUGGCCAUCAUGUUCAGCUACAUCCUCACCAUCGUCCUCACCGUCCUGGCCAUCGCCAGGGACGCCUACGCCCGCCGCUUCAAGGCCGACUACCGCCUGCUCUACCGCGGCGGCGGCACCGCCGCCGAGCGCGCCCUCUUCUUCGGCAACUCGACCUACGAGCUCGACGAGUCCGACAAGCCCUCUGACGACCCGCGCCUGCAGACGCCCCGCUCCUCCCCGACCGCGGCCGGCGCGCUGCAGGGCCAGCCGCCCCAGGCGCCGCCCAGCGAGGGCGUCAUGUCGGCCCGGCAGUCCCUGCGCGUCGCGCCCGCGCCGGGACCCCCCAUGCACCACCAGCAGCAGCUCGCGGCGGGCGGCGGCCUGCACAUCCAGGCGCCGCCACCGCCGCAGCAGCAGCAGCGUCACCAGCAGGCCUUUGCGCAGUCGCCGCAGGCUACAUCCCCCGCCACGAUGCACUUCAUCCCCUCGCCGACGAGCCCCAUCCGCCACCACCACAACCACCACCACCACCAGCAAGGCCCGCCGCCGCCCAUCCCGCCGAGGAUACCCACGCCGCCCUCCGGGUCCAUGUCCCCCCCGCCCUCGAAGCCUCUCGUCCUCGUCCCGGGCCUCGCGUCCGACGAGUCGCAGUCCGACGCCGCGGCAGCGGCCAUGAUCACCGACGGCGCGCGGUAUCGCGACCACCACCAGCACCACCACCACGCCGGGGGCAGCUCGUCCUCGUCAUCGUCGGCGUACGGUCCUCAUCACCAGGCGGGGCUGCUCCCGCCGGCGUACACGCCCUCGACGCAGGCCGACAUGCCGGGCCACGGCGCCGGCGAGAGCAACGAGAUGCGGCUGAGCGGGUACGUCAAGGGCGAGACGCGGGCGCAGGCCAUGAAGGAUUCUUCUGGGCGGGGGCCGGGGCUGUAG